CGGCUCGGCGGCCGGCGCGCGCGGCGAGGGGGUGGCGCGGUGUUGGCAGGUCUGGGGAGCUGGCCAGCAUGGUGAGGGGCUGCCCUGGAGCAGCCAGGAUCGCCCUGUGGAUACACCUGCAGGGGUAGCAAACCCAUGAAAGUAGGGGAGCCCCGAUCCGUGGGCAAACGGAAGGAGCCCGACCUGCUGGCCGGGCAGAGCGGGCCGCCCGGGCAGGGGGCCCUCGCUGUCCACUGCCUGCUGCGCUGCGCCGGCGUGCCUGGCCUCUCAUGCUCAGACCUCGCCUCCCACGCUCCCUGCCACCAAGUUCAUGCACGUUGAGAGCUGGGCCAGGCUGAGGCUUUCUUCCGGAGACCAUGGCGGCCCUUCCCACGACUCCAGACUCCCCUGCCGCCCAGCUGGAGAGGACGGAGGCUGGGUCGGAAUGUGAUCCCGAGCAGGACGGAGAAGAGGAGGAAGCGAAGGGGCAGGAGAUGGAGGCGGCGAUGGAGGAGGAGGCCGAGGACCUGGCCGAGGAGCUGGAGGCCGAGGGGGCGCGGGCAGGGCCGGCGGAGCAGGCGGAGCAGGAUGACGACGUGGCGGAGGUGGUGGCAGAAGAGCGGAGUCCAGUGCUGGGGACCCAGGAGCGCCUUGGCCUGGGUCGGGGUGGUGGUGACACGGAGUCCCCAGCUCUUCGGGAAAAGGCCCUGCAGGCCUCCCAGGCUCCAGCCUCGCCGAGUCACGAGGAUGUGGACGAGGACGAGGAGGGAGAGGAAGAGGAAGAGGAUGGUUCUCUGGUGUCCGGGUCUCAGGGGCUGGUGACCUUUGAAGAUGUGGCCGUGUACUUCUCCCUGGAGGAGUGGGAGAGGCUGGACUCAGAGCAGCGGGAGCUCUACAAGGAAGUCAUGCAGGAAAACUACGGGAUCCUGGUGUCCUUGGGAUACCCAAUCCCCAAGCCGGAUCUGAUCUCGCGGCUGGAACAAGGAGAGGAGCCGUGGGUCCCGGACAGCCCCCGUCCCGAGGACGGAGACAUUGUCACCGGCGUCUACACAGGGGCCUGGUUCUGGACCGACGACAUAGAGGACCAUGAGGAGGACGACGACGAGGACUUCCUGGCGGAGGUGGCGGAGGAGGAGAACGAGCCCCCCGGGCUGUGGUCGGCGGCCUAUGGCGUGGGGGACGUGCCUGGGACGUGGGGCCCCGACGACUCAGAUUCGGCGCAGACUCCAGAUGGGUGGAGUCUGGACCCUGGCGGCCUCGGGGUCCUGGCCGAGGGCCCCGAGGCGAAGCCCUUUCUGCCAGGCCGGGAGCCCGGUGCGAGCUUGCUGGCCCCUUGGGCGUUCCCUUCCGCGGUGGCUGCUCCAGCCGGGCGGCCGGAGACGACGUGCGAAGUGUGCGGCAAAGUGUUCCCGCACCGGUCCCGUCUGGCCAAGCACCAGCGCUACCACGCAGCCGUCAAGCCCUUCGGCUGCGACGAGUGCGGCAAGGGCUUCGUGUACCGCUCGCACCUGGCCAUCCACCAGCGCACGCACACUGGCGAGAAGCCCUUCCCGUGCCCGGACUGCGGCAAGCGCUUCGUAUACAAGUCGCACCUGGUCACGCACCGGCGCAUCCACACCGGCGAGCGGCCCUACCGCUGCGCCUUCUGCGGCGCGGGCUUUGGGCGCCGCUCCUACUUGGUCACGCACCAGCGCACGCACACGGGCGAGCGGCCCUACCCUUGCCCGCACUGCGGCCGCAGCUUCAGCCAGAGCUCGGCGCUCGCACGCCACCAGGCCGUGCACACGGCCGACAGGCCUCACUGCUGCCCCGACUGCGGCCAGGCCUUCCGCCUCCGCGCCGACUUCCAGCGCCAUCGACGCGGCGGCGGCUGCUCAGAGCCCAGCGCCGACGGUCCCCGGCGGGAGCCCUGCGAGACAGUGCCCACAGCGGGGCCGGAGGAGGCCGAGACUGGGCCUGAGGGGCCCGAGGAGCCUGAGGUCGGUGAGGCAGACGGAGAGGCUGAGGCCGAGGCCGAGGCCGAAGCCGAAGCGAGAGAAGUGGCGGUGGAGUUGCCCGCGCCCGGGAGCAAGGAGGAUCCCGAACCGGACAGGCGGUUCCUGGAGCUGGGCAACGGCCUGGGGGAGGGCGAAGGCCCUUCCUCGCAUCCGCUCGGCUUCCACUUUCCCGUGCACCCCAAAUCUUGGCUCCACCCAGACGGUUUUCCGAUUCUGGGCCUCCCGGACUUUGGGGAACGGCUGCAGGCCGACAGGCGCCCCCUGCCCGGACCCCUGGGGGGCCGGCUCUCCCUGGUGGAGGGCGCGGGGCUGGCCUGCGACCCGUUCGGCGGCAGUGCGGGGGCUGGGGGCGGCGGCGGCGGCCUGCGCGCGUUCGCGCCGGCGGUCGGGGGGCUGCUGGCCGAGCCGGCGCCCGCCGCGCUGGCGGAGGAGGAGAGCCCGUGGAUCUGUUCCGAUUGCGGCAAGACGUUCGGGCGCCGGGCGGCGCUGGCCAAGCACCAGCGCUACCACGCGGGCGAGCGGCCGCACCGCUGCGCCGACUGCGGCAAGAGCUUCGUGUACGGCUCGCACCUGGCGCGCCACCGCCGCACGCACACGGGCGAGCGGCCCUUCCCGUGCCCCGAGUGCGGCGCGCGCUUCGCCCGCGGCUCGCACCUGGCGGCGCACGUGCGCGGCCACACGGGCGAGAAGCCCUUCGUGUGCGGCGUGUGCGGCGCGGGCUUCAGCCGGCGCGCGCACUUGACGGCGCACGGGCGCGCGCACACGGGCGAGCGGCCCUACGCCUGCGGCGAGUGUGGCCGCCGCUUCGGGCAGAGCGCGGCGCUGACGCGGCACCAGUGGGCGCACGCUGAGGAGAAGCCGCACCGCUGCCCCGACUGCGGCAAGGGUUUCGGCCACAGCUCGGACUUCAAACGGCAUCGGCGCACGCACACGGGCGAGAAGCCCUUCCGCUGCACCGACUGCGGCCGCGGCUUCGCGCAGCGCUCCAACCUGGCCAAGCACCGGCGCGGCCACACGGGCGAGCGGCCCUUCCCGUGCCCGGAGUGCGGCAAGCGCUUCUCGCAGCGCUCGGUGCUCGUGACGCACCAGCGCACGCACACGGGCGAGCGGCCCUACGCCUGCGCCAACUGCGGCCGCCGCUUCUCCCAGAGCUCGCACCUGCUCACCCACAUGAAGACGCACCGCGGCGCGGCGGGCGCCGCCGGCCCGGCGCCGGCAGCGCCCGCGUCCAAGGCCGAGGCGCCGGCGAAGGGGCCGCCGGGUGCGGGCGCAGGGACCGGGCCGGGGGAGCACGGCGGCAUCCUGCUGGAGUUCGCGGGCGGAACGAGCUUCGGCUCUGAGCCGACGACUGCGUUCGCGGGGCCCUCGGGCGCCUACGAGGAGAGCGUCAUGUGAGGGCCCCCAGGCGGACGGAGGCGCAGCCCGCUAGGCCACCGGCCCCUCCCGGGGGCGGCUCGGCGGCUGUCCGCUGCGCGCCGGCCCUUUGCUCCUCUGGCCUCGCGGGGCUGAGGGUCCCAGCCCUGGUGCGGUGCCUUCCCCUCAGCCCCGGGGCACCGGCCUCGGGCUCCCCUCCUGCCCGGCGCUAGAGAACCGGCCGGGCGCAGGGGGAGAGGAGAGCCACGCGCGCAGCAGAGGAGGGCGGGGGCGGCCACCCCGACAGAGACUGCGACGUCCCCGGAUCGAGGCGGAGAGGCCAAGCGGUAGGGCUAGCAGGCGAUAUUAUUUAUUUUACUCGAAUUCGGCUGGCCCCGGGGACAGGCGGCUUGUGAGUUUGUGACUGGGUUUUGCGUCGAGGGAGGGCGGGGAGGUCGAGCGAGGGCCGUGCGCGUGGCUACCCCAGUGGGUUUGGUAGACGACUUCAUCCCAUUCCUCAGUGGGAGACUUCAGGGACCUUCUGGUCGUUCGUGUAUGUCCGGAAAGUUGUAGGGACCGUGCUCAUGGCGAGGGCCAGCCUCGUGGGUUUCCGCGGGACGACGUUCGUCCUUAAUCUGGGGCCGGGAGGGGAGGCGGAGAGGCAGCAGGGAAAGCCUUUAUUCAGUCGACUGACCGUGGCUGCUUAUUUCCACCGCUUGAAUGGCCUGAAGGAUCUGGGAGGAGAAACAAACAAACAAACAAACAGAAACCAAAUCGUGGCCCUGGGCAGAUGGGUUGCAGGUGUGCGCCGGGUCUGAGCGAGUUUGAAGCCUUAUUCUCCAGAGUCACUGGCUCUACCCACUUGAGCGCCCAGGGCAGCCAGGCGCCUUGGGUUUGGUCUCAGCCUCCCCUUGAGUCCUCUGGCAGCAGGAGGCAGCGUGCUGCAGGGUCCUCGGGGAGCCCCGCAGGCCCCCAGCCUUGUGCGUUCUGGAAAGCGGCGUCUCCCUGGGUGGGUGGACAUACGAGGCCUUGUCCAUCUGAGCCCGUGGCCCAUUUAGAUAUAAUGACCAAGUGUAAAGUGACUGAGGUUGGUAGCAGGAUCCUUUCUUACUUCCUGUCCUUAGAGCCCUGUGGCUUCUGCGGGUUAAUUAACUGUGCUUCUGUCAUUAUCCUACACUAGAAGCAGGUAGUGUUUCUGUCUAGAUGCCCGUUUCACAGAGUGGGCAGUGAGUGGAGGCACUGUGGGCCGGGCCGGCUGCACAGCGGUGGUCCACCUCUGGGGGUUUGGACCUGAGCCUGUGGCUCGGAACUAACCAAGUAUCCAACUAUGCAAGGCCCGCAGCUGGCCAGCACCCCGCCGUCUGGGCUGGGCCAUUUCCAGCCACUGGGUCACCUGCAAGCCCCCCUCCCUUCAUGCCUUUCGGGCCACCGUGAGUGGGGCUAGAAAACCGAAACUUAGGAGCAACUGCAUUCCAUUUUAGACCUAGUUCCUUCUGUUUUAGCGUAGACGUGGUCUUGGGGCUUGAGAGCCAGCAGCCAGGCUGCUGGAGGCACGUAGUUGGCAGGGUGGGAGGAGGGCCUGGAGAUGGUGGUGAGAAUUAGCCUGGCUGAGAGAGGGGUGGGGUGGGGUCGUAAGGAGGAUUGGGGCUCCCGGGGAGGCAUCGGCAGUGCCACAUGGUGCCCUCGGUCCUGCUUUCUCUCUCCCCGCAGUGGGAAGGAGCCUCAGGAAGGGCCAAGGGCAAGGGGGCUAGCCUCGCAGGGCUGAGGCCUGGUCCAUGCCCAUCCCUCCGGGCACAGCCCUGGAGUGUAUACCUUCCGUGCCCCUCCUGGGCCCAGCAGCUCCACCCCGCUCCAAGCUGUCAGCAGGAGGACCUAGCUUUAAUAAAGAGUGGCGAAAUGAGCUUUGUGACUGGAUUCCAUGUCGUUGCUGUUCCUCAGGACCCUUGGAGAUGCUGCAAGGUCUCAGGCCCCCCCUUGUUUCUGCAGUCGAUCUUUAGGGGUUUCUCCUCAGAAUCUAGAACUGGCCUGUGAGGAGUCAGCCCAAGAGAGCUUUGGCCCGCGCUGCCUGUGUCCACCAGGUCUUUCUGGGAGUCCCCAGUGGGCCCCCACCCUGCCACAUACCCCUGGCAACAGGCACACCUAUUUCAGGACAUUUAACAUUUACAAUUGUUUUGGCCAACCUCCCUUCCUGGUGGUACAGAGCCCUCUUCUGAGGCCCCAGGACCCCACGGGUUUAUCCAGGCUCACCUGCUCCGUGUCAGGGCCAAGCACACACCGCCAUGCCCCGGGGGUGGGGGAGUCAGACAUCUGUCUUUGAACUGAUGUGUUGACUUCUUACGAAGUGGUGUCUCCAUGGAUUUGAAAACUAUGAACUAUGAUGUAAAUUCUCUUCGAAUGUGAUUUGGAGGCAUCAGAACAGCAGCCAGUAUUUCAGAUGAAUGUUAAGAACUAGUUACAAAUGGAUGGUCUUGGGAUCUGCAAGUCUCUUCAGAAAGAUGACCUUGUUCCCACAGAGCUUGUAGUUGUCCAGCCAGAUUAUGUUGGGGGGAAAGAAGGCAGUUCUGAUGGUCAUAGCAGGUAGGCAGCCUUCCUGGUUUCGAGGGGCUUACUGAAUUUCUGGGGUCCUGAGUAAUUCUGGAAAUGUCCAUCUAGCAUCUCCCAUCAUUGCCAAGGAGGAACGUAAGCCCCCAGUGACCCAUGUGCUGUGACCCAUGAAAGGUGGUGCUGCGAGAGUCACAGGGCCCUGAGCACCCUCUGGUCUCCACUUAACCUUCAUUGCUUGAAUUCCCCCACCCACCCUUUCUCUGGCCCUUUCCCAUAAUGUCUUCAAACCAUUUCCUUCUAACUUUUUUUCUUUCCCUAAUUGGCGACAUAUGGAAUAAAGUAUUUUGGAAUUUUUGGUUAUAUUUAUUAAAUAAAGCUUUAUGAUCCUUUGUUCA